AUGCCUGCUCUUCUUUCAAAUUCUCGGCGUGCCGCGAGUGCCCCAAGAGCGACUCCAUGGGGCCGUCAAGGACGUUCUCCGCUCCUUCCUCAAACGCAGCUCCUGGACACACCCCCACACACCCUUGACCUCGCACUCCGCGCCGAGAUCGAGCACGAAAUCAUUCUCUGGGACGCCUACCCGGACAAUCCAGCGGGGGUCGUCCGGCUCGCCGAUGUCUCCUGCUCGAUCGCAGAGAAGGCGUACCUGCUCCUUUCUCCUGCCCACCGGCGCUUCGUCGCGCUCUACACCGCCUGCCUCACGCACAUCGACGACAACGGGUCCUCCGCCGCGGUCUCCGCCGCGCAGCACUUCAGCCGCCGCUUCGCCCGUGGGGAGCGUCAGAUGCUCCCCGCGCUCGAGACCCUCGCUCGCCUCCUCCGUGAGGACGUGUACGAGCUUUUCCCAAGCGUCGGCGCGGACGCGAUCGUCUCGAACAGCAUCGACGCAGUCACGUCGAUGUAUCUCGAGUACAGCACCGGGAGGAUGGCCAUCACGCCCGGGGCAACGCGGUGGCCGGACUACUUCCGCGCGAAGACGGGGAUCUGCGCCGCUUACACCUACUUGAUGUACCCGAAGGGCUUCAGGGACUCGCCGGAGACGUACCUGCAGAUGGUGCCGUACAUGGACCACUGGAUUGGGGCAGUAAACGACAUCCUCUCGUUCUAUAAAGAAGAGCUUGCGCACGAGACGAACAACUACGUCUCCGAGACGCUUACCGACGGCGCCCUCCUCGACGCCACGUUCGCAUCCGACGCGGAACUGGACGCCGUUUGGCAACACUUCAAGCAGGGCUACAUGGAAUUCCACGUCGAGACGAAGAGGUAUAGGCUCGCGGAGGUUGGCGUGUAA